AUGGUGCGUGAAGAGAUGCUGAGGUUUGCGCUGCAGAAGAGGGGGCCACUGCACCCGGCGGGGAACGUGUUUGUGUGGGUAGAACGUCUGUUGAGCCGCUCCCUACUGGACGACGCACACAUCCGGGCCAGCGGACGCCUCGCCGUUGUCAUUACGCGCAUCCCAGAUGGACAGAACACUGUGGUGUCAGAGUUCACGUCCCGAGAGGAUGUUGUGCAGGUGUUUGGGCGAGAGUUCCGUGCGUGUGUGCUUUGCUAUAGACUAUUACUUUGAGAAAGAUAAUAUUUUUUAUGUAAAUCUCAGUUGAACUAGAUAGAAGUAUCAACAUGUGAAGAACUUGUUCAUACUGACUGUAUAUUAGGCAGUGAUGUUUAACUGCAUUUCUCUUUUCCCCACAUGGAGGCGUUGUUGUGCAGCUGCUUUAUCCCUGGGUACCAUGGUAUACAGCCACCAUCUUACAAAGGAGUGGUGAGUGCUCACACUGCUCACUGUCUGUAGGCUAAUAAUAAUCCUAAUAUACUUUCACUUAAUGCACACCCUCAAACACCUUUACACCUGUAUGCAAGACAUACACACUCCAGUCAGGCUAUCAGCAAAUGUUUUAAAAUGUUGUGGUAGCCCUGAACUAACACACCUGAUUCAAGUAGUCAAGGGCUUGAUGAUUAGUUGACAAGUUGAAUCAGGUGUGCUAGCUCUGGACUAGGAAAAGAAUGCUAUAAAAGCUGUUGUCCCACAGCAUUAUGUGGACGGUGGUUUGUCCAGUAUCCAGCCAACCCACUCCUCUCCCUAUGGACAAACCCUCACUGUGUCGCCAUUUGCUGGCAAGGCGGACUUCUGCCCACCAGACCCUGCCUCCCUGUAUGUCAUCGUCAUGAGUGGCAUGCCCCUCCACUGCAGUGUGGCCAAUGGUUACCGGAUGCUAGAAGCCCUCUACCCCUACAACUGGGAG